AUGGUCUUCGUUGAACAAGGUCCUUUGCUCCGUUUCACUGCCUUCAGUCUUAAGAAUGAGGGUUGUCGCCUCAAAGCCCCGGGUACCAGCUGUGAAGGGUUGGACAGUAUCAUCGCCAGUCGAGAAACCAUCAUUUUUCGGAACACCCCCCCUCAGCUACCAGAACGAGUGUCUGUUCCAAUGGUUAUGGUUCCAGGAAUUGAAAGAGCCCAGCGGCGAUACCUCUCGACGAGACGCUACGGGUCGAGCGAGAACUGUUCGCGUUUGAGACAGGCAUUUCCCCCCUUCGUUAACGACUGGCUAAGACCCAUUGAACCCAAGUUCUCUGAUGUGGAGAGAUGCUUCUUUCCUAGUCCCAAGACGAUGUUUCUGAUCGACCAGCCGGAGGGCCUAGUUUGCCAAAUUUGCCAACACAGCAAGCUGUCUUUCCAAAACCAUGCCGAUAAGAGGACGGACAAGCUGCCGGAUAGCGUCCCCGCGAUCAUGCCUUGUGGACAUGUGGCAGGAGUUCGAUGCUUGACGACAUGGCUUCGAGACCACCAAAACUGCCCAUUCUGUCGCCAAGAGCUUAUCCACAGUAAAUGCGGACACGGCGUUGCUCCUCGUCACAUCACCAUGGAAGAAAUAUUCCUUAUACCUGCCACGAUCCCAGAAGGGGGUUUGAUACCAGAGUUAUGCCCUCGAUGCUAUGCGACUGCUUUGAGAACCUCGGCCGAAGCAAGGUUCGAUGCCUGUAAGCGAAGAUUUGUACAGGCAAGGCGUCGAUUUUUCACAUCUGAGAGCCAGGCCGAUGCCAGGUUCCUUAUGCACAAAAAGACCGACUUCGAGAACAUCAUGCUGGAGGAGUAUUAUGCCAAGAUUACUAACACAUGGCUGACCUGUUGGUAG